GCUGUUGUCAGGAUGGAGUUUCCAACUCAGUAAUCCAAGGACUAGACCCUGAGUCCACAAAGACUGGGUUUCUCUGUAGCUUUGGAGCCUGUCCUGGAGCUCCUUCUGUGACCAGAACUCUGAGGAAACUACAACAGAAACGUUCUGAAGGACUGGGUCACCUGGACCGUCCAUUCUGUUGGCGUCUGGUCCCUUGCUUCUGGAAACACAUAAAGUUUAAAGGCUAUGUCAAGUUGAUAAUUAAAGCAGAGACAUCAAGCAAAUAUAAAAGACCCGAGUUCAACUCUCAGGACUCACAAAAAAUCUGGGUGUGAUAAGCAUACACCUAUAAUCCUAGCACUGGGGAUUCAGAGAUGGGGGACUGCAAGUUGAAUUGCCCAGACAAGCUUCUGACAGAGAGAGGCAUUGUCUAACAGACAAGCAUGAUCUCCUUCUGUCCAGUCUGUGGUAAAGGUGUCAAAGGAUCAUUCAAGUUCUGCCCAUUCUGUGGCAAUUCCCUGCCUGUAGAGGAGCAUGCAGAAGCUCAGACUGGCCUUUCACCUCCUGCGUCAUCCUUCAGAGGCUCAAAGAGAGGGCUGAACUCCAGUUCUGAAACCUCUCCCAAGAAAGUGAAAUGGUCGCCCACUGUCACUUCUGUUCCACCCUCUGUCCUCUCUGGCUGUGACAGUUCUGCGUCUAAAGACACCUUUAAUUCUCCUGAGAGAGCCACAGGUACCUGGAGCAGACCCCCGACCCCCAGAGGCAGCCCCCAAUCCUCCAGGCGAAGUCCUCAGACACUGAAGCGGAGCCGGGUGACCACCAAUCUCCAGGCUUUGCCCACAGGGACAAAACUGACAGACAAGAAAGGGCAGCACUGGACACUGGGGGUCCUCCAGACCCGGGAUGACCAAGGCAUUCUCUAUGAAGCUGAGCCCACUUCUGCCCUCCCCUGUGAAUCAAGGACUGAGAAGUAUAGAUUCUCACUCAAACUGGACUCCAAGGAUGGGCGCCUUUUCAAUGAACAGAACUUCUUUCAGAGGGCAGCCAAGCCUAUGCAAGUGAACAAGUGGAAGAAGAAAUGCUUGGUUCCGCUCCUGGCCAUCCCCACCUGCGUUGGCUUUGGCAUUCACCAGGACAAGUACAGGUUCCUGGUGUUCCCCAGCCUGGGGAGGAGCCUUCAGUCAGCCCUGGAUGACAACCCAAAGCAUGUGGUAUCGGAGAGAUGUGUGCUGCAGGUGGCCUGCAGGCUGCUGGACGCUCUGGAGUUUAUCCAUGAAAACGAGUAUGUUCAUGGGAACCUGACGGCCGAGAAUGUCUUUGUGAAUCCCAAGGACCUAAGCCAGGUGGCCCUGAUGGGCUAUGGCUUCACCUUCCGCUACUGCCCGGGUGGCAGACAUGUGACCUACAAAGAAGGCAGCAAGAGCCCCCACGAGGGGGACCUGGAGUUCAUUAGUGUGGACAUUCACAGGGGAUGCGGGCCCUCUCGCCGUAGUGACCUCCAGACCUUGGGCUACUGUAUGCUCAAGUGGCUUUAUGGGUCACUGCCAUGGACAAACUGCCUUCCCAACACCGAGGAGAUCACUAGGCAGAAGCAGAAGUAUCUGGGCAGCCCCGAGCUUCUCAUGGGACUGUGUGGCCGCCGGAACAGGGUCUCAGAGACCCUGCAGGAGUACCUGAAGGUGGUGAUGGCCCUCAAUUACGAGGAGAAGCCGCCUUAUGCCAUGCUGAGGAAUAAUCUAGAAGCCCUGCUGAAGGAUCUGCGGGUGUCACCCUAUGACCCCCUGGACCUCCAGAUGGUGCCUUAGGUGGAAUCCAGGGAUUCUGACUUGCAGUUGAACUCAAACAUGAAGUAGUGUGGCUUAGCUGUUUGAUCUCAUUCGCUCCUGAAAGAACCCUUUGAAUGUGCAUUCUCGCCGCUCCCUUAGGACAUAGAAAUCAGCCCCCUCAGUGUCGGAGGACCUGAGUCAUCUCCCAUAAUGUGAAAUGUCCUCAUCCCUCCGCAGUUGUGGACGGAGGUGACUGGGUGCUGGUGGCAGCAGUGGCCACUCCGUAGGGCCCUCCUGCCACGGGCAUUCCUGUGAUUCCAUAAUAAACUUUUUAAUCAACA